UGAAUCGUUGCGAGUAUUCUCUGAAAUGGAAUGGCCGACUCACAACCGUUUAUUUAUUAUGAAACAAAUAACCGGACCAGCACUAGCGUGUGUCAGUAAAAAUAUUUUGUCGUUCAUUGACGACGUUCGCACAAUUGCACCGAGUUUUCAGUAAAAGGAGGUGUGUUGUUUAGCUGAGUGAUUUGUUUGCUUCCAAAGUGAUAAUAUCGUGGAUCGGAGUAAGUUUACGUUAUUUAGUUGCUGUUAUUACAAAAAUGAACGGCCACACCAACGGUAUUAAUGCUGUUCAAUCACAAGCCACUUGUUCACGUAAUCCUCACAGAAGGACAUUUGAUAACGACGACGAAUUUCAAGAAACCGAUGGAACUCCUGUAGGAGCCGACGACAAUUCCGUUAGAUACCCAGAUGGCACUGUCCGAUUGCGUAACCCUAACAUUGAACUCAUGGACCAAGAUAUUCUCUACCAUUUGGCCCUUGGGAGCGGCUCCCAUGAUCUUGUUGAGAUGUUUGGAGACGUCAAGUUUGUGUGCAUGGGCGGAACACCGAAACGCAUGGAACAAUUCGCAUACACAAUCAUGGCGGAGAUAGGGCACAAGUUGCCUUGUGGAACUACACUGCAAGACAUCAGUCAUUUUUCUUACAGAUACUCCAUGUAUAAAGUUGGCCCGGUACUUUCUAUAAGUCACGGUAUGGGCAUACCUUCCGUCGGAAUCCUGCUUCACGAAGUCAUAAAGUUGAUGUACCACGCGAAAGUCCGUGAUCCUGUGUUCUUCAGAAUCGGAACAUGUGGUGGUAUAGGCUACGAAGGCGGUACGGUUGUUAUUUCUGAUGAAGCCGUCGAUGGAGCCCUGAGGAAUGUUCUAGAACUGACAGUUUUAGGAAAAAUAGUUCAGCGUCCAGCGAAACUGGAUCGGCGAUUAGUUAGGGAGCUGAAAGCACUGGCCGAUCCCGAAGACCCCUACGACACCGUGACCGGCAAAACAAUGUGCACGUACGAUUUCUAUGAAGGACAAGGUCGUUUAGAUGGUGCCUUUUGUGAUUUCACCGAAACUGAUAAGAUGGAGUACUUGGAGAGCAUCCACAAAGCCGGCGUUGUUAACAUUGAGAUGGAGUCCCUCUCUUUCGCCGCCCUCACUCAUCACGCGGGCAUUAAGGCAGCUGUCGUCUGCGUUACUGUUUUAGACAGAUUGAAGGGUGAUCAGGUUUUAGCUCCUAAAGAAGUUUUGGAUGAGUGGCAACAGCGUCCCACGAAGCUAGUUUGCCGUUACAUUAAAAGGUAUCUUCAGGUGAAGGGAAAAAUCUCUUUAGAUGGUCACGGUUCCAUUGCCGUGAAGAGUCCCCGCCGGUUCAAGCUUGUGCAGCAGGAAUCUGAGACAUAUGAUUAAAACUAUAACACUGUUCAUCGAAUCGUUACGGCCACGAAUACAUUUAAGUCGUUUGCAUAAAAUAUUAUCAAGAUCUUGUCAGAAUUAAAAAUGUAUGUCUUUGUUUCAACAGCAGAAAUGUUAGUACAUGAAAAAGCUGAAAUCUUUGUUACAGUAUUUUUGUGGGGUCCCUAAAAUUUUAAUAUUUCAAAUGGUCCAUUAAUAUUGGUCCUGGUUCUUAUAUUGUAUAAGCCCGCUGCGCUGAAUUAACUUGAAUCAGUGCAAGCUAAGUUUUAUAAAAAAAAAUAACUGGAAUAGUAACUGAGAUGUAUUUGUUGAUGAAUGCUUCCCAAAAAUAUAUCGUAUUGUCUUGAAAAGUCGGUAAUUUAGCGGACUUCUAAGAAUUAUUCGAAACAUUAAAUAAUAAUGUGUUGACCUGAUCUUGAAAUUGUAUCGCAAAUAAAUAUCUCAGUAAAUUGUUUAUAUCUCUACUAUUUAUUUUAUCAUAACGCAAGUAGAUGACGAGCUGUCGAAGCUUGACGAUAUGAGCUAUAUUUUGAUGUUCGAGAUUGUUCCAAUGUCUACUUGGUUAAUUAUUGAAUAUUUGGCGCGUAGUAAUUAGUAUACACCAAAAAACAAGAAGGCCUAUGUAGACCGAAAAUAUCAAAUUGCCAAAUAUCAUUAAAUAUAUGUUUUUUUUAAUGUUCUACAAAUGCUUAUUCUUAAAAUCUUAUUCUUAAAAUUGCAAAUUUUUACAACACCUUACUCCUUCAUUAUUUGAUUUGUUUUACUCCGCAGACAAAACUUGACUGCUAAAUUUCAAAUCGCAGUAUUUAUUAAAUUUUAUUGUUUAAAAUAGUAAAUUUCAUUUGUUUCCCGAAUCGAAUACGUUACUUAAUUAUCAAUCUGCAAUUAUUUUAGUUUGAUUUGUGGUGAUUUAAAUAUUAUAAUUUUUUUGUGUAAUUAUGAUGAUCUAUUUAAUUUCAAUACAAACUAUUACUAAGCAAAUCCUUUUUUUAAAUAAAUAUUUACAUAUGACCACUAAGUUAUUAAAGCGUUUUAAAUAGAUUUUAAAUUGGUUGAUUGAGCUAUUGGAUAUGGUAUUUAUCGUUAUUUUGCAACUAUUUCAUUUGAAUCUUUUAAGACAUACUUUUGCUUCUAGAACUUUUUGUUGACGUCAAUGGCGGAACCAGUACGCACUAUAAUUUAUUUAUUUUGAUUAACAAUUUAGCACCUAUACUAAUCCCGCUUGUAAAUAAUCGUCAGAUAUUUUAAUUAUCACUGUAUUUAUGCUCUUGUUCCUUACAAAUGUUGAUUAGAAAAAAAAUUGCUAUUGAAAAACAAUAAGGAUGGUUAAGAUUUAUAAAUUUUAAACAAGUUUAUGUCUUGUGUGUCAAAAACUGUACGUACAUAUCUGUUUGUUCUCAAGUUUUGAAAUUAUGUAUUUUCUGAAGAUUUGUUGUCGCACAGUUAUUAAAAGUAGAAUGUGUGAAUCGUUGGACAACGUUGUAAUAUUAAGGGCGUGACAUUGAAUUUUGUCUCCAGCGAAGGUAAUUUGUAAAAUGUUAUUAUUAUAUUAACGUAAUUAUCAACUCUCUUAUUCACAAUUAGUUAUUGGAGGUUUCUGAGUCCGUUUAUAAAAAGUCUGUCUGUGAAAGUAUAGAUCACAUUAUGAAUAAAACUUUUUACAGCUUGCUUCUAACAGCCUCAUAAACCUACGAUAAUUCAAUGAAUAACAGUGUUAUUAAUGUACUAAAAGUAUCUUUAAUGCGACUGUUUAAUACGUAUUUAUCAACGAAAUAUUUCGACCAAAUGCAGUAGUUUAAUAUUAAAUUUUGUGUACAUAAUGUAGUGAAUAUUAAUAUUUCCAAAAAAGUAUAAGUAUCCACUAAAAAUACUAAAUCGCUGAUGACAAAACUAAUGUUCAUAUUGAUAUCAUUGAUUUGAUGUGCUUCCACACAUGUACUGUAAUGUUGUUAUUUAUAUUGCACGAGUGUUGCUACUUGCUAGAGUAUGGAUUCGGCCACAUGUAACUCCACGGCUGUCGUUCCGCGUACCCUGGAAUUAUAUGGCGCGAGCAGCUUCUAACACCGGUCACUCACAUUCGCACGAAUACGCAAACCCGCAAGUGUAGGACCACAUUUGCAAAUGAUUAUGCAAAGUUUUCGCUGCAUUCGUGGUUUUCC